GGUGUUGAAUCCCUUGAACAGCCUUAAUGUUAUCCAAGGAUCACGCAAUUUAAGCUGCCCAUCUGGCUCAUCUUCUUCAUUCUCAAGCAGGCAUGUCGACAGCGCUGAAGGCUUCAGGACUGCAGGUGUAGGUGUCCAUACUGAUCUCAAGUUAGAAACCAGACCUUGCUGGGAGAGGAGAAGCAUCUGCCCACCAUGGGGAUGUUUAUCUACUUUUUAUUCGUUUUCAAUGGCGCACGCUCCUGUGGGCGACUCGGAUCUGGGUCUUGAACGAGGUGUACCUGACAUGGUGAUAUUGCAAAAUGUAGAGUUAGAUGUGGAGCAGGAUGAGCAGCAGGCAGCCCCGCCUACAAAGCUGCGCAGCUACUUUCCUGAAACAUGGCUCUGGAAUCUCAAAAGACUGGGGUCUGAUGGGCAAAGUGUGAUAGAAGAAGAGAUCCCGGACACCAUCACUGACUGGGUAGCUAGUGCCUUCUGCCUCUCAUCUGAGCAUGGUAUAGGCGUGGCAGAGGCUGCAUCCAUCCGAGCGUUCCAGCCCUUCUUCCUCUCCUUCACCCUUCCGUACUCCAUCAUUCGAGGGGAGAAGGUCCCUGUCAAGGUGACCAUCUUCAACUACCUGAGCAGCUGUUUGAAGAUCCAGCUCUCAAUGGCGGAGUCUUCCGAUUUCAGGAUUGAGGCCCGCCCUGCCUCCGAGGACAUUGAAGUAUGUGGCAACUCUGCUGAAACACUAGAGUAUGAGAUCAUACCUACAGAGCUGGGCAACCUGCCAAUCAGAGUUACUGCCAGUGCCGAGCCAAACACUGAACGAGGUGAUAUGCCUCCAGAUGACAUCACUUUCCCUGUCACGGAUGAUCUUGAAGACACCAUUUUGGUGGAGCCUGAAGGUUCAGAGCGAGAGGAGACUUUCAGUGAAUUGAUCUGUCCACAUGAUGAUAGUGAUGGGGUUUUCGAGCAGACCAUCCCUCUUGAGCUACCCUCGUUAGUAGUUCCAGGAUCUGCUCGUGGAAGAAUACAGGUUAUUGGUGACAUCAUGGGACCUGUGAUGUCAAACCUGGAUGGUCUGCUGAGGAUGCCGUUCGGAUGCGGAGAGCAGAACAUGAUCUACAUGGCUUCUAACAUCUACGUCAUGCAGUACUUGUCUCGCACCGGCCAGCUUACAUCAGAAAUCGAGGAGAAGGCACUCAAGUACAUGACUAGUGGUAAGAAGACUUGAUGUACUUGAAUUAUUUAUUUUAAAAAAAGAGAUAUCUAAAUUAUCCUUCGGAAAUAGGAUGUGUCACUGUUUGUAAUGUGAUUGCUUCAAGUCCGAAGAUGCCCCACAUGAUUAUAGCUUUAAAGCCCCACUGCACUACUUAUAGCUACUUGCGCCCUCUAUAUA